UACGAUAAUAUUACCAUGGAUCUAAAUACGUACAUUCUUCAGAUGUGCAAGGCUCAUAUACUGAACUGUGACGACAGCUAUUUAGAUAAAAGAUCACAGCAAACACAGAUAAAAACACAACUGUCUCCGCGAUUUUUCGGGUUGACGGCAGAGGAACUAAUAGGUGCCGACAUAGCUGCUUCACAGGACACAUCCAACAGCCAGGUACAGCCGUUUGUAAACAGCCAGGUACAGCCGUUUGUAAACAGCCAGGUACAGCCGUUUGUAAACAGCCAAGUACAGCCGUUUGUAAACACAGCAGAUAGCUCUGAGAUGGUGGAUGGCUGGUAGCAUCUCCCUCAGCCCAUCACCUAUCCAAGUUGGUCGCAGUUGCUGCAGAACCAGAUCGGCCUUGACACUGAUUAACCUUGACCCAGAUUCUAAAUUGACCUAGAUUUACCAUGAACCUAUUUGACGUGGAGAAAUAUUUUUAGUCUCAAUAGAGCUUCAGCCUGACAUCCUUACAGCUGUAUCCUGACAUCCUUACAGCUGUAUCCUGACAUCCUUACAGCUGUAUCCUGACAUCCUUACAGCUUAUAACGAAACCAGAAACCCGUCCCUGUACCCACAAGAUAAACACCAAAGUUGACCUAGACAAAACUCCAUUAAUGAAAUGCCUUGUGUAGUUUGUGUACGGCCCUGGUGUCUGCCAGAAAUAAAAGCGUCAUGCCAGCAACUCAA